UUUGUCAAAAGCCAAAAAAAUGAAAUGCAAUGGUGACAAGAGUUAGUUACAUAAGAUCCGAUAAUGCAAUAUAUACUUAGCGUUUCCUUUUCUUCCCAUUUAUCUGAAUUUUUACAAUUGCAGAGACGAAGUUGUUAGAUUUGGGUUUCGAAGAUUUGAAGAAAAAAAAAAGAUCAAAGUGUUGAAGUUUCUGAUGAGUUUUAUUGGUUGAUUUGCUGUAAUGGGAGUGUUUAAUUUGAUUGUAGAUGACGACUGGCAUUUUCCUUCAUCAUCCUCUUCAAAAUCUUGAAUCGCUGAGAAGAAGAAGCUGAUUUGGGUUCCUUUUAAUUUGAAAAAAAGUUCAAGUGUUGAGGUUUUGGAUGAGUUUAAGCUGAUUUGCAAAAUGGGAGUGUUCGAUUUCACUGUGAUUCCGAUUCUCGAUGACCCACAUCCUCCUUCAUCACCCUCUUCAAAAUCUUGUCAUAAUAUGAUGGAGAAGGGAUUGAAAUCAAGUCUCAUACUAGUUAAAGAGACGAACAAGAAAAAAGAAAGAAUCAGCUCUAAAGCUACUAGUAGUGCUGCAGCAUCAAUGAAGUUUUGUGUAUGUGCACCCCCAACCCACCCUGACUCAUUCAAAUGUCGUCUUCACCGAGCCACCGCUUCAGCUCACCCGAGAACCGUUUCGUCAUCAACGUCAAAGAUGAUUUGCUUAUGUGCACCCGCCACCCACCCUGGCUCAUUCAAGUGUCGCCUUCACCGAGCCACCACUUCAUCUCACACUGUUUCAUCGUCUGCUCAUCACAUAAAUGGCGUCAAAGGCACCAAAAACUUGAAUGCCUUAAAACUGGUCACGUCUUCACAAAGUGGCGGAGUAAGAAAUUCUAGCAAGGGGAAUGUUCAUGGAAAGCCUAAACUAUCGAGAUUCGGUAGGGCUGCUCUUGUUCAUGCUGCUGCUGCUGCAACUUCUAGUGUACUAAUCCAACCAAUUUCUGCAGAAUUUGGACAAAUGAGUCUUAGUUAGAGAGCCAAGAGAUGGACAAACAAGAAAAAGAAAAAACUCAAGAUCAAGAUUCUGCUUUUUAAAGAAGUUACUUGAACUAGAUCUUGCUUACUUGCUCUGUAAAGUUUCAAUUUGGUAAAUACCAAAAGAAAAUAUAUGACAACUAUGUAAUUGUAAAUAUCUUUUUCUCUUUACUUGGGAAUGGCUUUGUAAAUAGAGACAUAUAGUCAAGAAGUACUCCUGCAGCUACACUCAAGUUUUUAGUACUGAGAGUAUCUUGUUUGUUAUCAA